GUUUCCAUGCUGUGCUGGUCCUCCAGUGAGGGAAAGCUGGCUCUUUGACGAUUCUGGGGCCAUUUUCAAUAGGACAAGUUAGUCCAGGUGUGUCCCAGCUUAACCAUUAAACCCAGGUUUCAUCACCUGAAGCUGACCUCUUCCGAUUCCUGUCGAUUGGGACUUUGAGUUGAGUUGCUGUGGUUUCAUGUUGUUUCAGUUCUUGUAUUAAUAAGUGGCGAUGUUGGGGAAGACCUUGUUUCUGCUCUGCUUGGCAUCUGCCUUGUCAGAACCGCUCUGUUUGAAAGAUACUUCAGAUGGCUACAAAGUCCGAAUCAGCAUCAAAACUGCCUUGGGAGACGAAGCUUAUGAAUGGAACGAAAAUGAAAUGUUCCUGUUUCGAGCAACUCUGGCCUUUGCCAUGAGGAGAUACUUCAACAGAGAGGAUUUCAAUGUGUCCAGCAUCCUUGUGUGUGACGAGACUCCGCGGGUGUCCUUUUGGUUUGUGGUGGUGUCUCCUCAGAACGCCUCACAGCUAAUUGAUAAGGCAGAUGUGGAGAACGCCAUAAGAAUGUCCAGGCAUCGCAUCAACAGCGCCUUUCUGCUGACAGAUAGCACCCUGGAGUUUAUCGGCAUCCCUCCCACCUACGCGGCACCAGUCAACCCUGCCACCCCUCCAUGGCUCAUUGUGUUCGGGGUGGUCAUGGGUGCUGUCUGCGCUGGCAUUAUCGGUCUGCUUGUGUCUACUGUGCUGCAAAAGAGACGCAAAAAGAAGGGACUCACAGAAGAUGAGAAUGAUGAAGAGGAGGCACAGGACAAAGCGGUGGAGAAUGGCAUCGCAUGUGAGGACCUGGAUGGUGUUUAUAACAGAGCAUUCCCAGAUGAUGAGCGGCUUACAAAAAUGUAAAAAAAAAAAAAAA